AUGGGAAAACGAAAGUCAAAGAAGAAGAGCUCUUCUUCCCAAUCACAGCCUCAACACUCCGAAUCGGAAAAGAAAAGAAAGAACAACAAGAAUGAUACAUUUUUUUUGGUUGAUCACAAGAGAAAGAAAAAGAAGUAUGAAAGUUCGAAACAUUCCAAUACUCCCAUUGUUUUGAUGGAAAUAGUGGUCUUGUCUUUUAUUCCAACAUAUUUAUUGUUGAGAAAUUUCAGAUUUGUAAAUAGAAAUUUUGCAAUAAUGGCAAUGCAUGCCAUUGAAAAAUAUCAAUUUAGUGAUCACUUUUAUGUAUCAGAUAAGAAAUUAGAGAAUCUAUCUCAAGAUGAGGUUCACAACUUGUUUACCAAGUUUCAUUCAUGUAAACGAAUGACAGUACAAGGUGACAUGCAUUGCGUUCAUUCAAUGGAGCUGCCAUUUCACAAGCUUCAAAAUCUUACUUAUUUAGACUGCUAUGAUAUUCCUGUCUCAUUUUCAGAAGAGAUUAUUCAAAGCAAUCUUGUUAACACACUUGUCAAACUGAAGAUAUUUACUAUUUUUACAAACAUGCCACUUCUGCUGAGAUUAAAGAACCUUCAAGACCUCAGCGUCAAGCUUGAUGACUCGGAUGAUUUGAAGCCUUUAAAUCUAGAAGGAGUUCUGAAUCUGUAA